UCGGCAGCAGCUGGCUGGAUAACGAGCGUCACAUGAACGGUUCCAUUUCUUUCCACUUCGUAGCAGAGCACGCACACAGUUGGCGCAUCUCUUACUGCCAGCGCCAGGAACACAUCCACCUUGUGGCUUCCGUCUGCCGCGUCCCCGUGCGACGCUGCUUUGACUCAAUCGUCCGAGGAUCUUAGCCGGCUGUAUGUCAAUUAUGUGGGGUCUUCUUUCGUGCGGGAUUGCCACACCUACAGGCCGAAAGGCGUGGGCUUAGGCUUACUUAGUUGCGGAGCCCUGCUGAUCCUCUUCUCUCUUGCUGAUCCUCAUAGCUUUCUAAGUUAAAAUCGCAUGCCGAGGCAAGCAAUCAGCAAUUCGCAAAUCGAUGGUUUGCUCGCGUCGGGUUUACGAGAUGUCACCUGGACAGACUAGUUAACUGCGUCCGUUCGUCCUCCACACUUUACCGCAAUACUCCCGCCCCUUCUCCCGUCACGGCAUCGCCCUUAGCACGCCGCUAGUCACAACGCGAAACGAAGCUGGGUAGUCGGCGGGAGCGGGAAGCAGAAUUAUGGCUGUAGGUGGCGCAGCAGCGUUGACAGCGACGGAUUUCCCCAUCUUCCCCACUUCACAGAGCGCCUAUUUUCCCGAGCAAGUAUUGCCAGGGGGCUAUGGCGGCGGUGAUGGCGGCGGCAAUGGUGGUGCGCCCAUUGCCAUGCCUGGAAUCUCAGAAUACGGUCGCGCUGCCGAUGCGGGUGCUGGAAUGCGAUCGCCAGGAGACAGCGCGCUGUGGAAGCGACGAGCAGGCGACGAGGCGACGACGUCGCAGGCGAGUCUUGCGACGCCGUCGUCCGAGGAGCAGCUGUUCGCGUCCCCGUCGCCGUCCAAGCGUCGCUCGCCGCUGCGGCACACGCCUAGAUCCGCCCCGGCCAAGUCCCGCGGCGGGGAUCGUUUCAUCCCGAACCGCGGCGCCAUGGACCUGGGCGUCGCGCACUUUCACCUCGUCGGCGAGCCGCGCUUGCAGCACCAGCAGCAGGGGCAGCAGGAGCAGUUCACUCCGCCGCCGCCGCAGCAUCAGCAGCAGCAGCAGCAGUCGCCUUCCGCGGCGGCUUCGCCCGUUGUGUCGCCGCUUAAGGAGAACUAUAAGAAGAAACUAGCAGAGAGUUUUUUGUCGCCUAGUCUGGGGAAGAGCCCGUCUCAGCGGAUCAAGGGCCCGGGGGGCACUGGUAGAGGCGGGGGAGGUGACGGAGGGAGUGUGUGCAGAAGCGCAAGCGGCAGGGCUGUUGGCGGAUGCGGAGGCGGAGGAGGCGCGGACGAGGACUCCUCCCCCGUUGGCGGAAAGAUCUUUGCGUUCUACAGUUCGGAUUCGGGCGGCGGAAGCAGCAGCAGCUUGCUCUCGGAACGCGCGACGAAUCUUCCACUUCUGGGCCCCGUGCUGCUCCCCGAGUCGCCCUUCAGCGCGCCCGCGAGGAGACUACGGCAAAUAUCGCUGGCCUCGGAGCGCAUUCUCGAUGCGCCCGAAAUAGUCGACGACUACUACUUAAACCUGCUGGACUGGUCGUCGCAGAACCAGAUCGCCGUGGCGCUGGGCACCACGGUGUACCUCUGGUCUGCGACGUCCGGCGACAUCCACCAGCUGGUGCACGCGGACGGGCCCGACGACUACGUGACGAGCGUCGCGUGGGCCAAGGACGGGCGGCACUUAGCGGUGGGGCUGAAUAGUAGCGAGCUGCAGAUCUGGGACGCGAGCCGGCUGCGGCAGGUGCGGCGGCUGCAGGGCCACCGCGCGCGGGUGGGCAGCCUCGCGUGGAACGGACACAUGCUGUCGUCCGGGAGCCGCGACAGCAGCAUUCUCAACCACGACGUGCGCGUGCGCGACCAUGUGGUGAGCGCGCUGCGCGCGCACGAGCAGGAGGUGUGCGGGCUCAAGUGGUCGCCGUCGGGGCAGCACCUAGCGAGCGGUGGCAACGACAACCUGCUCUACAUCUGGGACAACGCCGCCAUCUCCUCCUCCUCCUCCUCCUCCCUCUCCUCCUCCUCCUUCUCCUCCCACCCCUCCUCCUCCUCCGCCUUCGCCUCGGGACACUCGUCCUUCCACUCAUCCCUCUCCUCCUCGCUCUCCUCUCUCUCCGCCUCCUCCUCCUCCCCGCUGCCUCCGCUGCUCGCCUCUUCCUCCGCCUCUUCCUCCGCCUCUUCCUCCCCCUUCACCGCCUCAUCGCUCAUCGCGUCACUCACCUCCUCCCUCUCCUCCUCUCUCCCUUCGGCCUCAUCUCUCGCCUCUCUCCUCGCCUCCUCCCCCUCGCCCUUCUCCUCUCCCUUCGCCUCCCCCCACUCCUCUCUCUCCUUCGCGCCAUCCCCCGUGCUCGUACCCCCACCGUCCCAUGCCAGUGCGCCUGCCGCUGCGGCUGGCUCUGCUUCUGCUGCUGCUGCUGAUGCAAGUGGUGGUGACGGUGAUGGCUCGGCGGGCCGUUCGUUCUUGCAUCUUGCCACCUCCUCCUCGCCCCCCCCUCCAUCUCUCUCCUCCUCCCCCUCCACUUCCCCCUCCCGCCCAUCCUCGUCCCUCUCCGCCCACAGGCGGAGAUUGUCCCCCAACCAUGCGCGCUACCUGCAUCGGCUGACGGCGCACCAGGCGGCGGUGAAGGCCCUGGCGUGGUGCCCCUUCCAGAGCCACCUGCUGGCGUCAGGGGGCGGCACCGCAGACCGCUGCAUCAAGUUCUGGAACACACAGACGGGCGUGCUCAUGCACUCCAUCGACACACACUCGCAGGUGUGUGCGCUGGAGUGGAGUCGGCACGAGAGGGAGAUCCUGUCGUCACACGGGUACAGCCUGAACCAGCUGUGCCUGUGGCGCUACCCCUCCAUGGCCAAGCUCGCUGAGUUCACCGGCCACACCGCCCGCGUGCUGCACCUCGCCCAGAGCCCGGAUGGCUACACGGUGGUGUCAGCAGCAGCAGAUGAAACCCUGCGGUUCUGGAAUGCGUUUGGGGAUCCGGAUGGGGAUAAGAGAAAGGGAGGAAAGGGGGGAGGCAAGGGAUGUGAGAGGCGGGUUGGCGGGGGAGGGGGAGCUGUAGCAUGUGCCGAUGAUGGUGUUGCAUCUGCUAGGUGCUCUUUGCUGCGCUCUCACAUCCGGUAGUGGGGUGGAUGGCUGCUGUGAUGAGGGGGGGGGAGAAGGGGGGGUGCCUGCUGGAGUUCGCUGCUGCACUCAUCAAGCAUGCUGCUACCUAUACAACCAUUGAGCAUACCGCGGGAUUCAUAUACUGCUGAGGGCGGCCUGCAGCUCCAGGAUUUUUUCGUCCAUUACACAUGGAUGCAUGGCUGGUCACACACAUGCCUCUGACAAGCACAGGCAGGUUGUGCAGUGUGACGCCCUCAUCAUCGCAUGGUAGUGUGGCCGUAGUACGCCAUGCUCCAUUUACACACAAAUAUUUGCUUCGGCUGUAUGUGCCAUGUAGUUCAUAUGUAGUACCUUCCAACGAUUAAAGAAAAAAUGUCCGUGACACAUGUAUAAUAUUAUGUUACAAGCUAU